CUUGGGUUUGACAUUUAUUUCUAAGUAAAUAAAAUUGUUUUGAAAUAAUUUUUCAGAAUGACGUGGUGGUGAGAUAUUGUUUUCUUUAGUGGAACUGAAUUAAAAUAAACUGAAUCACACUUACUUAUUUUUAUAGAAGAAUACAUCGCCAUUAACAUGUUGAAAGCCGUAAUACUUAUCGGAGGACCACAAAAAGGUACCCGAUUUCGGCCUCUAUCACUUGACAUUCCAAAACCACUAUUUCCAAUAGCCGGUUUACCCUUAAUACAACAUCAUAUUGCCGCUUGCACUAAGCUGGGAGAAUGCAAAGAGAUCUUAAUCAUAGGCUCAUACACAACCACUCAGAUGACUCAGUUUGUUAACGACAUGCAGAAGCUAUACCGUGUAAUAAUUAGAUACUUACAAGAGUUCACACCACUCGGUACAGGAGGAGGUCUGUACCACUUCAGAGAUCAAAUCCGAGCAGGAAACCCAAGUGCAUUUUUCCUAUUGAAUGGCGAUGUCUGUGCCGAUUUUCCAUUAAGAGAAAUGUACGAAUUUCAUGAAGAAAAACCUAAUGCUAUUGUAACGAUAAUGGGUACUGAAGCAACACGCCAACAAUCGGUGCACUACGGUUGUAUGGUACGCAAUGGUUCUAAUGCAGUCACACAUUACGUAGAGAAGCCAAAUUCAUAUGUGUCUACAUUAAUUAAUUGCGGUGUCUAUGUAUGUUCCCUCAACGUUUUUCAAGUAAUGGCUGAAGCUUUUCAAAAGAAACAGGAUGGAUUUUAUAGUGGUAAUGGUCAAGGCACUCCACACCCAGGAUACAUGUCAUGGGAGCAGGAUGUUUUGGCACCGCUGGCCGGCACUAACAAAUUGUAUUCAAUGCAGGUGUCAAGCUGGUGGUCCCAAGUGAAGACGGCGGGCUCAGCGAUAUACGCGAACAGACACUGUCUAACGCUACACUGUACUAGAGACGACGUCUGUCAGAUCAUACCCGACGUCUACAUACACCCGAGCGCCACUGUCGACUCAACGGCUGUCAUCGGACCUAACGUCUCCAUAGGUACGGGCGUUACAAUAAAAGCUGGCGUCAGAAUAAAGGAAUCAAUAAUACUCGAAAACGCGACCGUGAACGAGCACUCCCUGAUCAUGUAUUCUGUUGUCGGUCGGGAAGCUUCAGUGGGCGAAUGGUCGCGUGUAGAAGGAACUCCUUCAGAUCCUGAUCCGAACAAACCCUUCGCCAAGAUGGACAACCGACCACUAUUCAAUACGGACGGACGACUCAACCCGUCUAUCACUAUAUUGGGUGCAGGAGUCGUGGUACCCGCUGAGACGAUUUUGUUAAACUCCAUAGUGCUACCUCAUAAACAUUUGGCGAGAAGUUUCAAACACGAAAUCAUAUUAUAGUUUUUUAUUUUAUUUUUCUAAACGACAAUACAGGGCUGUAUGUGAUGCAUUCUGUGCGCAUAGAUUUUGUUAUCUGUGACUUUUUUUAAAAAUGACGUAAAAUGAGUUUCUUGGCGGGAACGUGAAACCCGUUUUGUUUUUGUUCUGUCAAUUUAGUGUGACAAGUUGAAUCGUGUAAUCAUGACGAAUUGUUAACUGUUUAGGUAGAUGCGACAUUGUACUUCCCAGUCUCCAUAAUUCUCAAUAUACGGCAUAACAUAACAUAUAAAGGCAUUAUUUACUGGCGGUAGGACCUCUUGUGAGUCCGCGCGGGUGGGUACCACCGCCCUGCCUAUUUCUGCGAUGAAGCAGUAAUGCGUUUCGGUUUGAAGGGUGGGGCAGCCGUUGUAACUAUACUGAGACCUUAGAACUUAUAUCUCAAGGUGGGUGGCGCAUUUGCGUUGUGGAUGUCUACGGGCUCCAGUAACCACUUAACACCAGGUGGGCUGUGAGCUCGUCCACCCACCUGAGCAAUAAAAAAAAUGCAAUAUAUUUAUAUAUGAUUCAAGAAAAAAAAAACCGUAUUUAUUCGCUGUAUGCCUAAAAGGGCUAUUCUAGCUAGCGCGGACGGGUAGGUGAUCUCACGCGCUCAACCUGAGAGAAUUUGCUAACACUAGCCCUAGCAAGAGCAAUGCUUCGCAGAAUAUACAACCGGAUCGGAAACGCGACCCACUGAGAAGAUCCGGCAAGGCGUCAGUUAUUUGCCGGAUAUACUGUAGGCAACUGCCUUAGCUAAUCCUAUUCGAACGAACGAAUAACAUUACCCAACCAAUUAAGUAAACAAAUAGUUAUAAAUUUGAUUUCCUUUACCUUUGACAAACCUUUAUGUGUUCCUGUUUUGAUGAGGAGGAUGUCGGCUAUUUGAUUGAGACUACGACCUCAUGCUUCACGAAUGGUGGCAUCGCGAUCUAUAUGUGUUCCAAUAAUAACUGAACAAUAAGUGGGGCAUAAGAACUCAUCUAACUCUAUAGUUAUAAAAAAUAAGUAUUUUGUCACACGCAAGAAACCCUUGAAAAUACUAAUGGUACAGUUGAAGCGUAAAGUGUCUAUUUUAAUAACGUUUGGAAUUAUGUAAACUGAUUUAAGGAAUUAAAGGACCAAAUAUACUGUUUAAUCAUUAAAUAGUACAUUUUUUGUUUAAAUAGUUGAAUAAUUGUAUAUUUAAGUGAAGAAAAAAAUAUCGAGAGGUGAAAGGCUAUUUAUUUGAUUUAAGUGACAUUUCGCUUUUUUCGACAUUUUUCUUUGUAAUUAAUUAUAAGGCCGUUUUAUUUGAUACUAGCGGCCCGCUCCGGCUCCGCUCGGGUCUUUAACAAAAAUUUCAAGGAUAUUUAAGGUUUUUUUUUUUAAUAAAACUUACUGCAUAACUAUAAUAGUGAGACAUAAUAAUAUGCUAUCGCGACACAUUUUGUAAAUAAUAAUGUGUUCUACAAAGCCGUAGUAGGUACCUUAUUUUAUUCUAUCAUCAAUAGUUUUCACAGGGCACGCGAUGUAAAUAAUAUUUUAGGUAUUUUUUUUACACCUUGGUUUACAUUAUUUGAGUUUUAGUAAGGAUCCCUAAUUUUUUUCAAAAAAGAUUAUAGCCUAUGUCACUCGGGAAUAGUAUAGCUUCCAAACAGUGAUAGAAUUUUUCAAAUCGGUUCAGUAGUUUCGAAGCCUAUUAAAUAUAAACAAACAAACAAAUCUUUCCUGUUUAUAAUAUUAGUAUAGAUUCGUAUCAACAAUUCGAUGUUUUUAAUUGAACUUCAAUCAAGCUUACAUUAUUCAUAACAUGUGAAGAAGUUUUUAUUAGGAUAUUUUUUCUUAAUUUUAAAGUUUAAAUGGUUCUCCUGUAUAGUUGAAAAAAUGUCACUUAAACGAAAUAGCCCCCCUCGAUAUAUACAUAUAUAAUAAAAUUGUCGCACAAAUAAA